AUUAUUUAUCCCCCCCUCCUCCCUGUUCAAUAAAAAAUUUAUUUCAAAUUUUAAUAACAUGAGUUUGCAUCCGGAGCAAAUUCAUAAUGCAAUAAACUGCUUGUGUCUUGCUGCCACGGCUACCGUCGCUGGAGCAAUGAUAUCAAUGGGAUGCACAACUGGGCAACGAUCCAACUCAAGAAACAGCAGAAAAAGCUCGAGAUCGAACAAGUCGAAAAGAUCGCAACGAAGCAAGCGUCGAAGUGCUCAACGGAAGAAGUCGAGUUCGAGACGGAAGAAGAAGUUGAGAAAGGAAAAGAGCAGAAAAAGUCAGAGAAGUAAAAGAAAGAAGCGUGAGAGUGAACGACGUAAAAAGGAACGGUCGAAGAGAAUUGCAAGAUCUAAAAAAUCGAUUAAAAGGGAUCGAGAGAGGGACAGUGACAGCUCAAGAAUCAAGAAAAGUGGAUCUAAAAGGAAUUUGGAGAAGAGUAAUAGAGAUGAUUCUAAACGAAAGAUUUCAAAAGAUAAAAAUAGUCGUCGUAGUUCUCAAGAGAAAAGUCAUAAGUACUCUGAACCACUUUUCAUUCCGCCAGUUGAUUAUGAUGAUAGAGAUCGGUCACUGAAAAAGAAGAAGAGUGUUAGAGACAAUAAUGAAGAAGGAUCAAGACGUUCUAGCUCAAGAGAUAAAUCAAAAGAUAUGAAAGAAAAAUCGCAGCAAAGCAAGAAGGAUAGUUCCAGAAAGAGCAAGAAGCAGCAAAAGUCUGAAAAGAAGAAGAGUGCUGAGCAAGACAAUCGUUCUGAUCCUGAGGAUGAUCGCGAAGCUGAAGCCCCGGUUAAUAGUUCGAAGAGCAAUAGAAAGAAAAGAUCAACAGAUGAGAAAGUUAGAGAAUUGGAGAAGAAGAAGGAGAGCAAAAGAGGAUCAAAACGUGAAAGCUCGAAAGACAAGAAAGUCAAAAAGAAUGAAGAAGUGCCGAGUAAGAAGUCAAGUAAGAUGAGUAAGAGAAGCAAAAGAUCGACUGAUGAGAAUUUGGAAACAGCAAAAAGUAGCCGAAUCCUGAAAGACAGUGAACCAAAAAGCUCUCGUUCAAGUGUAACAUCGCAGAAAAUUGACUCAAGUCGUGGAAUGAGCAAAUUGAGAGCAGAUGCACUCAAGAGAAUGGAGCCUAAGCUAUUGGUGUCUCCAAAUGCAAAUUCAGACCGUUUCCAGUGCAAUGAGAAAGGUUGUCAAAAGGGUCAAUGUUCGAGUGAAGCACGUUAUGCUCAAAAUGUCAGACGCUCUGCUUCUCAAAAAUCAUUGAGAGCGCCAAAGGAGAACAAAUUGAAGGAUGGGUCGGCAAAGACACCUAAAGUUUCAUCCACAACAACGCCACCCGUUGACACCAUGAGAACACCAACACAAGAGCCUCGAUCAAUCUACAUUGAAACUGGGAAAUCGACAUAUGGAGAAGCGUCGAAGACUUCGGGAAAUAAUGCAAGAUCCGUUUACUUAGCGGAUCCAGUUUCUGCUCCUAAGGCAUAUUCUGUAACUCCACAGAAGUCUACGAAAACUCCUUCGGAGAGAAAGUCGGAGAAAAACUUGGAGAAAAAGGCAUCGAAAAAAUCAAUCAAGUCAUCAAGAUCUGGAAUUCAGCAACGCGAAGUCACAAAAACGUCAUCGAAACAUUCUUCAAAACAUUCGAAGGCCCCAUCAUCAAAGAAAUCUUCAAAGAAAUCGUCAAAGAAAGAGCAAAAAUCACGUGCAUUGUCAAACAGUUCUUCAAAGAAAUCUGUUGGAAGUCAUAGAAACAAGUCGAAUCGAUAGAUUCAACGAAUUUCUACAAAAUCCUUCUUUCUUCACUGUCUCCUAUUGUUAUGAAACAAGCUCAACUGAUUCAGAAUCCGAAUAAAAUCUACAAGUUGU